AUGGCUGCAAAAUCCUUUAUUGCUUCUCUGCAUUACUCUCGGUCGCUUCAAACUCCAUGGCUCAUGCUUCCUCCUAGUAAACAAAUAGAAAAAGAAGGCCAUGAUCCUUGCUGUUUUGUAACAUUUGAAGACGAAGAGGUUAACAAUAAUGUUUUCUUAAAUUUUAGAGAAGAACAAGUUUGCAAGGUCAACAUCGUGUUAAGAGGUUUUCAUGGAUGUAUUGGAUCGUCAUAUGGAUGGUUAAUACUUUUGGACAAAACAAAUAAGCCAUCCCUCCUUAACCCUUUUACAAGAGAUGUAAUUGGACUUCCAUCGUUCAAUGAUCCGAUUUAUGUCUCGUCUUUUGCGAAGCAAAAUCAUGCUAAAGCUAUUCUCUUGUCCAAUCCAUCACAUACCAAAAGCUUUGUGGUUGUGGUUAUAAAUAAUAUAUUCAAAGUAAGAUUUGCAUUCCUUGCAUUCUAUAAGCAAGGAGACGAGUCAUGGACUACUUCCAGUGACCAUGGCAAUGGAAAGGAACUCAAUUUUUAUUUGGAUAUAAUAUGCCACAAUGGUCAGCUCUACGCAUUAAAAAACAACGACGAUAUACAUGGUUGA